UUGUGAGGGGUCCUCAUUUGCGUAAAUAGCGGAGUAUUGUAGUACUUUUUGAUGCAGGCGCAUGAUGGUCUGCAACGUAUCAUUGGCUAGUGUGCAAGUGCCUCAUAGUCCAUGGAAAAUGUGUGCGGAAAUAAGGGCAAAGGAAAAGAUCCCAGGCUUACUGCCAAGGGAUUUGCAUAAUAAAUCUGAGAUGAAAUGGAUCUCACAUUGACUGAGGAACCAGCAGUGUUCAUGUCCUAAGCAAAUAAAUUGCUUUGUCAUGGAUGGUGAUGAGAGUGAUAUGAUACCAGUGAAAGACAUGAAUGAAAAAGAGAAACACAGCAGAAGCAUGUUCCAUGAAAAAGAGUCGCUGCUGGUGCAGGAGCGGGCGGGGAUCAACAAGCUGUCCCGUGAGGAGCUAGAGGACAGACACCUCCGCCUCCUGGAGGAGAACCACAUCCUCAAGAAGCAUUGCCACAAACAGGAGGACAAGAUCAAAAGGCUGGCCACCAAGCUGCUGCGUCUGGUGCAGGACCGCAAGAAGCGGGGCGAGGCGCCGGCCCGCCAGCGAGACCCGGAGACGGCCGAGCUGAUCCAGUCGCAGCAGGACCAGAUCAGCCAGAUGGAGCGCCAGGUGGCUCAGCUCAAGGACAAGCUGCUGGUGGCGCGCCAGCAGGUGAACACCAGCCAGGGCCGGCCGGGCCGUGGCCUCUCGGCCAAACCGGAGCCGCCGCGACGGCCCUCCUCCCGGCCCAGCUCCAAGACCAGCUCGCAGAAGCGGCAGCCAACCGCUGCUGAGCCGCAGCUGCCGCCGUACGCCGAGCAGCUGCUGGUGGAGGCGCGCCAGACGGCCGCGCACCUGCAGCAGCAGUCCGCCGCGCUCGCCGACCGCAACCGACAGCUUGACGAGACGUUCUCCACGCUCCGCGAGCAGUGCAACAUGUACGAGCAGGAGCUGGAGAUGCUGAAGGAGCAGAGUCGCGUGAAGGAGCUGGAGCAUGAGGAGGAGGUGGAGGUGCUGAGGAACCAGGCCAACCACGCCAACCGCUCCAAGCUGGCCGAGAACGUGGAGAUGAUCAAGCUGCAGCGGGAGCUGAAGCAGACGGCCAGUCGGCUGACGGCCUUGCAGGCGCACACACAGUCGCUGGAGGAGACGCUGCGCACCGAGAGGCCCGCCUACGAGCGCGCCGCCCGAGAGAUCGCUGAGCUGACCCGGCUGCACGAGGAGGAGCAAAGGCGAAGCGAGCAGCUGCAGAAGGAGGCGGCCGCCGCCGGCCAGGCGCGCCAGCGUGCGGACGAGCUCGAGGCGUCCCUGCGCGACGCUCAGCGUGAGAACGAGCUGCUGCGCUCGGCGAAUGAGAAGCUGUCCGAGAUCGGCAGCGACCAGGAGUGGCAGCGGGAGCAGCAGGCCACGCUGUCAUCACUGCGGGCUCAGCUGGCCAGCGUCGAGUCCAGCCUGCGCGGCGAGCAGGCUCGCGGCCGCCAGCUGGCCGACCAGCUGACGGCCGAGCAACGGCUGUUUCCGUGUCGGCUGUGA